GAGGGGGAAAGCAGAGAGUGAGCUGGUGCCUUUGCAAGCAUUUGCAUCAGCAUCAUUUCAGAAAAAUCUCUGCUGCCACAGCCUCCAUCCGGGGAGGAAGAUGCACAAGGCAGAUCAAGGGAUGGGAAAAGACACAGACUUGUAUAGUGGGAAGUACCUCAACAGCAUUCCCAAGGUACAGUGAUUGAUGUCCACUGUGUACCUCAGCAGUGGGAGCUACACCAGGUUUUCAUCCUCAGAGACCAAAGCAGCAGACAGCUGCAUCAGGAAAUACUCUGAUUCAGGGUGGGUUGUGAUCGAGAGCAGACACGAGGACUCUCUAAAUGGACAGAAAUUAUAAAAAUCGGAACCUCCCGACGAUCACGGCAUCAUCCUCUUGACUACAAGGCAGCUUUUGACCUAAUUUUUCAAUCCGCUCUUUUCUGGCCGUACUUCCUGGCUUUGAAGGAUGGGUGAUGGGCCUGUGACUGAUCCUGCCUGCCUGCCUCAUCCCACCCUUCAAUGGAGCCGAUGUGGAACUCCUCCCACCCACCUCCACAGCUCAUGUCCAACAUGUCUGCCUCCUCUCUGCCUGAGGGCUGGGCUCUGUCCCAGUCGCUAGCUCUGCUCGCCAUGCUGCUCAUGGAUCUGCUGGCUGUGGUGGGUAAUGUGGCUGUCAUGGCAGUCAUUGCCAAGGCCCCACAGCUCCACAAGUUUGCCUUCGUCUUCCACCUGUGCGUGGUGGACCUGCUGGCAGCCCUGGUGCUGAUGCCCCUUGGCAUGCUCUCAAGCCGAGCCUUCUUCGGGGAGGCCCUGUGCCGGAGCUACCUCUUUCUCAGUGUGUGCCUGGUUAGCGCUGCAAUCCUCUCUAUCUCCGUCAUCAAUGUGGAGCGUUACUACUACAUCAUACACCCGAUGCGCUAUGAAGUAAAGAUGACUGUUGGCCUGGUGGCGUCAGUGCUGGUGGGGAUAUGGGUUAAAGCCCUGGCUAUGUCUGCUCUGCCACUGCUCGCUUGGUUCCUGCAAGGUGGAAGAACUCCUCUUUUGGAGAGUAGUGGGGUCGGGGGAGGAGGAGGUGGUCCAGUUCCAUCUCCCCCUGCUCAGGGUCACAGGCGCUGCUCACUACAUUGGACAGGGGGAGGUUCAAACCGCUUGGCCUUCAUGGUCCUGUUUACUCUAGUGUAUUUCCUGUGUCCACUCCUGCUCAUUCUUGUUGUGUACUGCAAUAUGUUCAAAGUGGCUCGGGUAGCGGCCAUGCACCAUGGGCCUCUGCCUACCUGGAUGGACACACCUCGUCGCCAGCGGUCGGAAUCACUCAGCAGCCGUUCCACCAUGGUUACCAGCUCUGGGACGGGGACCGGGACAGGCAGAGCGACUCCACAGCGGCCCUUUGGGGGAGGAAAAGCUGCAGCAGUAUUGGCAGCAGUAGGUGGGCAAUUCCUAUGUUGCUGGCUGCCCUAUUUUAGUUUCCACCUGUAUUCAGCACUGGCUGCCAGCCCUCCAGCCACACUAGCCUCUCUGGAGGAGGUGGUCACCUGGAUCGGCUACUUCUGCUUCACCUCCAAUCCCUUCUUCUAUGGCUGUCUCAACAGACAGAUCAGGGAGGAGUUGGGCAAGCAUCUGCCUUGCCUGUUUCGUCGUGCGGGGGUUGAGAUAGAGGACAGACUGCCCAGCCGUGAAGGCUCCAUAGAGGAGAAUUUCCUUCAGUUUCUUCAGGGCACUGGCUGCAACUUGGAUCCUCAAAACUCUCACAGCACCUCCAGUCCUAAAGGGGAGGCCUGCUGCCCCAUUGCUCAGUCCCAACCACCAGAGCCAGCACAGCCCAUACCGAUUGAUUUCCGUAUCCCUGGACAAAUUGCGGAGGAGACUUCAGAGUUUACUGAGAGUGAGCAGGCGAAAAACAACCAUAUAUAUACAGACAAUUAAAAUUUUAAUGUCUUUGUUUCCUGAAAAUAGAAUCAUUUGGAUCAUUCAGAUAUGAACUGUUUCAGGAGAUAUUUAGGUGAAAAUAUGUUUCUCUAUUUGUACUGACAGCUUUCCAGCAGCUCAUUUAAAUGACUUUAAAUUGUACCUUUGAUUCAUUGCACUUUGCCUCAUCAGAUUUCAUCCUCACACAGACACGAUGAUAAAAUUACACACAGUUUGUUUGAGAUGCAUUUUAAACUGUUGUUUGUUGUUACG